UCCUCCAGCGAGCCCUCCGCACUUUUCGCUUCCAAAGCGAACCAACCACUUGGCGAGCCUGCGGCUCACCAGCAUCUCCAACCGCACCUUCCCUCUGGCUAAGCGCAGCGCGAGGGCGAGCGCGCUGACGUCGCUCUUCUCCAUUGGCCCUGGCCGGCACCACAUGCCCAAGACAGCUAUAUAAAGGCACCCCGGCCCGCACCCUGCUUCUCCCGGCUCUGCUUGGUGCUUUUUCUAUCUGCUUCUUUACCUCGGAUCUUCUCUUUCCCGGCGGCGCGACUCUUAGCAUCUCCGGCUCGGCGCAAUGGCUAACAUGGAAGCUUUCUUAGGCAGAUGGAGCCUGGUCUCCAGUGAAUGUUUUGAGGAUUAUAUGAAGGAAUUAGGCGUGGGUAUGGCAAUGAGAAAGAUGGGAAAUAUGGCCAAGCCAGAUGUUAUCAUCACCAAGAAUGACGAUACUUUCACAGUCAAAACUGAAAGCACUUUCAAGACCUCAGAAUUCAGCUUCAAGCUAAAUGAAAAAUUUGAUGAAAACACGAUAGAUGGUCGAAAAACUCAGACCCUCAUUACGUUAGAUGACAACAAUGUAUUGACCCAGGUUCAACAGUGGGAUGGCAAAGAAACCACAAUAAUAAGGAAGAUAGAAGAUGGAAAACUGAUAGUUGAAUGUGUCUUGAAUGGUGUCAAAUGUACUCGGGUUUAUAAAAAAGUAUGAAGAGCUUGAUGUCUAUGUUGGAGAGUGGCAGAUCAUUCUCGAAAGAGGACUAGUCCAUAUUUUUUCUUUUUUUCUUCUUCUUUCUAAACUAGAUUUUUUU